AUGAAUAAUAACAACAACAACAACAACAACAAUAAUAAUAAUAAUAACGUAAUGGUGAUAAAAGGGCUGAAUGCACAUCAUAAAAGUUUACUAGGAGACCCAGCAUUGGUUGAAUCGAGUACAAAUUAUCAGGAUAUAUUCAAUGAUAUCAAAAAUUCAAAACAACCAUCUUUUUCACAAUAUGGUAUGCGUCCUGGUAUUGAUGACAACUCUAGUAAUAGUGGAAGUGUAGUUAUAACAAAAGCACCUGUAGAUACCAACGAUAAUACAAAUACCAUCAAUAAUAAUAAUGAAAGCAUCAAGGCCAAUAUUGUGGGCCAGAUUAAUACCAAUAACAAUAAUAAUGUAGCAGCAAUAAAUACUACCAUUUCCCAUAACAAGUCACCAACUGUUUUGAAUAGUAUUAAUUCCAAGAACAUUUCUAAGCAUCAUGAUAAUUAUGAAUUAUCAAAGAAUGGCAAAAUACAUCAUAAUGCAACAACAGAAGAUUAUGAUAACUAUUCAGAUUCAGACUUUGAAGAACAAUUUGAAAAGCGCUUGUUAGAUAACAAAGAACAUCAUAAAGAUUAUGUAGAAGAAGAGGAAGAUAAUAAAUUCAUAGAAAAUAGUGCGGAUGAAACACAAAAUGUUGAGGAAAAUGAAUAUGGAGAAGAUUUAGACUCAGAUAUUUCCGACGACGAAGAUAUUGCUGAUCCACCACCACCUCCUCCUCCAAAAGAAUUAGACCCAAAUAAAUUGUAUGCUUUAUACCCAUUUGAAGGGCCAGAUCCAAGUCAUUGCAAUUUAAAACAAGAUGAAAGUUGUGUCUUAUUAAAUGAUCAAGAUAGCUAUUGGUGGCUGGUUAAAAGAUCUAGUGAUGGGAGAAUAGGUUUUGCGCCUGCUGAGAUAUUAGAGAUGUACCCAGAAAGAUUGGCCAGACUGAAUUGUUGGAAGAAUGAAAAUAUGUCUAAUAGUGGUGUAGAUAAUUUGGAAGAGAUUAACAAGAGAUAUUACUUGAGCGGUACUAAAAACAAUGAUUAUAGUAGAUCUUUUUCUGACAGUAAUGAAUCUAUAUCUACUACUAAUACUACUGCUAAUAAUACUAAUAAUGAUAACAAUAAUAAUAAUAAUAAUAGUAGUAGUAUAAAAUCUGUGAGUUUUAAUAAUGUGGUAAGUUAUGUUGAAAAAAAUGGGUCGGAUGAUGGUGAAACAAUGCAUGAUGAAACUAUUGAUUUAGGCGGUGACUACGAUGAAAAUGAAGAUUUGCAUAAUCUGGAUAAUCCUCAUAAUAAAAACAACGAUGAUAAUAUAAGUGAUGUUUCAUGGAAUAAUAUGCCACCCUUACAAAUAAGUAAAGUGCGUAAAAAUAUCACUUCUACUGAUAAAAAUAGCGGACAAGUAGAUAACGAAUAUAGUGGAGCAGAAGAUGAUGACGAUUAUAAUGAGGAAGAGGAAGAUGACGACGAUCUUUUGCAACAAGUUUUUACAGCACCACCAUCUAUGUUUCCUAAAAAUUCGAAUGGUACGAACAAUCCAACAGGUAAUGUCAAUGCAUCAGAUUAUUCUCCAUCUAUUGGAGAAUUUUCGCCAUCAUCUUCGGAAUUCACCACUGAUUGUGAUUACUAUUCUCCUCAAUUAGAGCAGCAACCAUAUUUUACAUAUAGGAAGAAUAGUGUUGGAAAUAUUAACAAUGUAAAAAAUAACAAUUCUGGCAGUGGUGAUAGUGGUAUUAUAAAUAGCGAUAAUAAUAGACUGGUUUCAAUGAAUAGAAACAAUGAUGUUACCACCAAAAACGACAUUAUAAACACCAAUAUAAACGACUAUAAAAAAUAUUCUGUACUCGGCAAUAAUAGUAAUAGUAACAUUUUAGCAUUACCUCCAUCUAAAGCACUUUCUGAUAUUUCAAAAUUAAACAGCGGCGAAGCAACACCUUUAAUGCAGCUUCAUAAUGCUGUAAGUAAUAAUAAUAGUGCAAUUGACAGCACCAUGCAUCCAGAUAUCAAUGAACUGUAUAAACCAAUAUUUGAUAAAUUUAGCAACUUGAUGGCCAAAAUUGAAAUGCAUAGGGGGCAGUGA